UUCCUAAACAUAAUUGCUCUCCGAUUGUAUAAAUUGUUCACAUACAUCGGAGAAAACCGAUAGCCGUACCAGAGCAUUCGUUCACAACAUCCACACCAUGAACAGCUUUUUAAAGAUCCCCGUCCUGGUGAUACUUGCCGGUCUGGUGAGCAGCAUCCGGGCUUCGACGAACUGCAAGGAGAUGAAUACAGAAAUAGAGAAGUGUUUUCUUCAGAUCUACACCAUGUACGGCUCCACCUCUACAGGACAGGUCCAGUUGAGCGAACUCAGCGAUUAUCAACAGCUGGACGAAAUAUGCGAAGAGCUGCAGACUUCUACCGACUGUACUGAGCGUAUAUUGAAUAAGUGUCACGAAGCUCAAGUGUCGGACAUGAUAAUAUCUACACUGACCGACACUUUUGGCUAUAUCUGCGGAGAGGGCAGACACACACUGAUUGAAGAAGUGAGUUGUUGGCAAAACCCGAGUUUCCAGUCCAGUCUUACUACCUGUGAGCACGAAUCCAAGAUGGCCGCUCAAAGGGCAAGAUCAAUGAGCGACGUUUGUGGCAUCUUGUCUGACUAUACAACCUGUGUUCAGAACGAAGUGACGUCACUAUGCAACGAAAAGGCCGGCAACUUCAUCUACAACGUGUUCAACCACGCGACGGCAGCGGUGACCAAACAGAUGGGUUGUGCGGCACAUUUAAUCCACACACGUUCCAUCAUGGGCUUGCUUUCUCGGCGUGGUGCCCAGAAGAAAUGAUCUGGCAGAUCGGAGAGAAAAAAAAAACGAAUGUGAAAAUUGCCAUUAUUCUGAACAUCAAGGCAGCGAAUAUUACUUUAGUUUUCAUUCAUUAUUUAAAAUUAUUCACUGUUCGUAUUAAAGGCAUAUUGUCACAGACCACUGACCUAUUUGUCUAACAAAAUAUUACCUGAACAAAAAUUAUUUGAUUUGUCCCUAAAUGUACUUU